AUGUCGUCACCACCACCAUACCAAUCAUCAUCCAACCCCCUCAAACGACCCUCCAUCGCCUCCUCCGCCUCACAGCCGCUUGGCAAGAAGCAGCGCAUGCACCCACUCCGCCAGACUUCAUUCCCGACCGGCAUCGAUGUUGGAGAUCGCAGUUUUGGUGGUACCAGUGAAGCCGGGAGCGUGACAGGCAGUUUUACAGGGAGUCUGGGCGGAGCAAGCGCAGAUGGAAUCUUCUCUGGUGCCGCACGGGGAAAGAAACGAGGACGCAAGAGUAAAGCCGAGAAAGAGCGGGAACGGGAGCGUGAGGAUGCUCUCAGCACCAGGGCGGGAGAUUCUACACGGUUCGGAUCAGUCGAUAACGAGGGUUCGGUUAGAGGUGGUCCUUCUGGAGGUGGAGGUGGCGGUGGGGGUGCGGACGAUGCGGACGAUUAUGACGAUGACGAUGAGGCAGAGCUAUUCGGGCAGCAAGAAGGAGCGACGGAUACAGAGGCUGAGAAGAAGAACCUAGCGAUUCUGGUUGAUGCUUUCAACCCCAUGCAAUCGGAGCGAUAUGAUCUGUUCAAGCGAGCGAAGCUGCGCAAAGAAACACUCCGCCGUAUCGUGAACCAUGCCCUCUCACAGUCCGUUCCAGCCAGCGUGGUGACGACUGUCAACGGUUUCACCAAGGUCUUCGCUGGUGAAAUGAUUGAAAUGGCGCGAACGGUCCAGACCCAAUGGGCCGAAGCACACGACCUUGCUGCGCGCGAUGCGUUCGAAGCCGAAGAAGCCGCUGCCGAAGCCGCGGCUCAGGCGAAAGCCUCAGGUGUGAACGCAAAUUCAAAACCCUCUACGCCAACCCCCGGAGGCACACCAGUCCCCGGAUCGGCGUCAGCCUCUUUCAGCAACGGAAUUAAGAAAGAACCACAUGACUCUAACCGUACGCCUACACCCUCUAUCCCUACUCAUCAGAACUCGACAACAUCCUCUCCUCACCCAACUCCCAUUCCUCUCCGCGCCAGACGCGAGUUCCGUCCUCCACCAAACCCACACCGUGGCCAGCUUCUACCGUCACAUCUGCGUGAAGCGGUACGGCGGACAAAGCGUGAUGGCGAAGGUGGUGGAGUCGGUUACUCUGGAUUGAGUCUGGAGAACCUGGGAGUUCGUGGCUCAUUCACGUGGAACUCGGGAAGUGCAGGUGGAAGAAGGCUUUUCCGAUAA